UUUUUUUUUACCUUUUGCCCCCCACGCAACUGCAACAUCCCCCAUGGCUAGUGACUCGAAUUUCUCCUCUGUACCCGUACUGGAUUAUUCGUUGAUCCAACGCGGUCGAAAGGUUGAGUUCAUUGAACAGUUGCGCCACGCUCUCGUAUAUGUGGGCUUUCUCUACCUGUCGAAUCCCCCAGUUGAAGAGGCCUUGGUGGACCGGGUGAAGGCCUACACUCCCAAAUUCUUCGACCUACCUACCGAACGGAAGGAGCGCCUCGCGAUGCGCAAUUCACCACAUUUCUUUGGUUACAGUCGCCUUGGACGCGAGUUUACAAAGAGUGUUCAGGAUCAGCGCGAACAAUUUGAUUUCGGUACCGAGCACGCGAAUCAGUGGACGGAAGGCCAGCCGGAUUGGUUAAGGCUGUGGGGUUCGCCACAGUGGCCAGAUGAUGACGAAUUACCUGGCUUCAGACAAGAUCUUGAAGCAUAUUUCGAGCAACUAAAGCACUUGAGCUUCGAGUUCACUAAUCUCAUGGAAGAAGCACUCGAAUUGCAACCUGGAGCUUUGGAUCCCUUCUUCGAUGGACCGAAGGAAUUGAUGCAGCAUCGAGGAAAGCUCGUCAAGUAUCCCAACGUGAACGAGGUAUCCAGUUCUCAGGGGGUUGGUCCGCACUAUGAUUCUGGUUUUCUGACCUUCCUUCUUCAAGUGUCUGAUCUCCCUGGACUUCAAGUUCAAAACGUAUCGGGACAGUGGAUUGAUGUUCUUCCUAAGCCUAAUACACUUGUGGUGAACAUCGGGAAAGCUUUGGAACAUGUCACGCAAAACGUUGCCAUUGCUACAUCGCAUCGCGUAAUCUCUCCACCGGUAGGGUCUCCAGCGAGGUACUCUGUUCCAUUUUUCCAGAGCAUCAGUCGGUCAGUACGGGUUGGGGAAAUCAAGUUGGAUAUCCCAUCUCAUAUUCUAAGGCUACGCGAUGCUCGGCAGUCUGGCGGCGAUCCUUCUCAAGCCGUUAAUUAUGCGGAAUAUCUUUACGAAACCUCAGGAAUCGUGGCCUUGAUAGGACGAAUCAAGAGUCAUCCCGACGUGGCUGAAGCGCAUUAUCCACAAUUGUUCAGACAGAUAUUCCCCAAUGGAGCCCCACAGUUUGGUAGUGCCUACUGAGGAUUUGGGAACAAAAAAAAAAACGUUGAAUUUGUUUUUAGAAUAUAUUAAUUUGCCAUUGUGGAUCCAUAUAUGAUAUUUGCCACGUACACCUAAUACAGAUACAACACAAUUCCUGGAGGAGUACGAGCCCCAAUGUAGUACAGAUACGUUGCGAAAGCCAAGAGAGGUUCC